UAUACGCGCGAGCCGGCCACCGGCACACGGCCGUUUAUCAAUGACGCGUCGCUGCCGACCGUGUAUCAGCCGCACGUCCGUGUCUGUCUGUCCGUCCGUGGUCCGUCCGUCCGCGCGUUCGUUUCUCGCGUCGUCGUCGUCGUCGCGCGUGAAAAAAUAUCGCCGUUUUCGAUCGUUUUCCGCCGUCGAGUGUGUGUUCGCGUAUCGGUCGGCCUUUUCCGUCUCUCGACCCGUUCAAAUGCGUACUUACUCGACGACGACGAUAUCCCUAUACGGCCCGGUGCGUUUUUGGGCUUGAUUUAUUAUAUAUUUUUUUCGCGAGUGCAUUAAUUAUCGUCCUGUGAUAUCCUUUUUUUUCGGUGUUUUUUUUUUUUUUGAAUUAUACGUAUCUUUACCGGUCGCCGCGAGGCAAAACGCUAUGGCGCGCCUCCGACAUCGGAUUUGCAGGUGUUAAUCGCAGCAAUAUCAACGAGUGUCGUCGUCUAUUAGUCGAUAUUUUAUUUUGUCGCAUAUUUUUACUCGACCGGAACGGAUAUUACCAUAACGUAAUAUAUACCGUUCGAGUAUAAUAUUAUAACUCGCGGGGCACCAUCAUGCACGUCGAGCUCGACGGUGGCGGAGGCGGCGGCGGUGCGUCUCCGUGGGCUGCUGCCGCGGUACUCGGGCACCACCACCAUCAUCACCAUCAUCAUCGUCCCGCCGCCGACACCGAUCACCACCACCUCCACCACCACCACAAUCAUCUACACCCUGCCGCCGCGGUGGCCGCCGCCGCUGCCAACGGUUUUCACCCUGCUCAUCCCACCCACACGCCGAUGGAUUUGCACGUGCCACAGCCCUUUCCGUACUAUAGGUAUAGAGAAGAAUCGCUGUGUUGGCCCGAGAGGAAACCGUUGUCUGAAGAUGGCCAUUCCCCAUCGGUGAAUGCCAGAAUACUCGAGUUAAGAAAAGAAAAAAGUCGAGACGCAGCUAGGUCAAGGCGGGGCAAAGAGAACUACGAGUUUUACGAGCUGGCCAAAAUGCUUCCGCUGCCUGCAGCUAUUACGUCACAGUUGGACAAAGCUUCCAUCAUACGGCUGACAAUAUCGUACCUGAAGCUGAGAGACUUCUCAGGGCACGGCGACCCACCGUGGACUAGAGAUGGCCCACAAUCCGCAUCUAAAAACCUAAAAGGAACCUCAGCUCGAAACAGAUCUCCUAGUACUAUAGCCUUGGAAUUGUUUGAACAACACCAAGGCACACAUAUACUUCAAUCGUUAGACGGUUUUGCGUUUGCGUUAGCUUCCGACGGACGAUUUCUUUACAUAUCAGAAACCGUGUCCAUCUACCUAGGUCUUUCUCAAGUAGAGAUGACCGGUAGUAGUGUGUUCGACUAUAUUCAUCAAGCUGAUCAUUCUGAGCUGGCCGAACAAUUAGGCCUAGGACUGACUCAAGGCCAGGGAAUGGCAUCACCGUCGCCUAGCAGUGCUGGCUCCGAAGAAGGAAGUUCCAAUGUGGGCACGGCAAAUCCCGACGUUUCGUCAGUGAUGUCUCUAUCCAGCACAAAUGCAUAUAAAGGCUUAGACAGAGCAUUUUGCAUUAGAAUGAAGUCGACGCUGACUAAACGUGGUUGCCAUUUCAAAUCCUCCGGAUAUAGGGUGGUGCUGUUGAUUUGCAGACUAAGGCCACAGUACACGUUUUCGCACAAUCGAAAAUGUGCGCCACCACUUUUGGGCGCAGUGUCUCUAGCUAUCGCUCUACCCCCACCCAGCGUACAUGAAAUCAGACUGGAAACCGACAUGUUCGUCACAAGAUUAUACUUCGAUUUUCGAAUAGCUCAUUGCGAACCAAGGGUAGCGGAAAUACUAGAUUAUACGGCCGACGAACUGACUGGCAUGAACAUGUAUACCCUGUGUCACGGCGAGGACGUGGGGAAACUCCGAAAAUGUCACCUAGACCUGAUUAACAAAGGACAAAUGAUGACGCAUUACUAUAGGGUGAUGAAUAAAAAUGGUGGUUAUACUUGGAUGCAGACGUGCGGUACGGUCGUCUGUAACUCGAAAAACGCCGAAGAACAGAACAUCAUUUGCGUCAACUACGUAGUCAGUGCCAGAGAAUUCGACAAUUUGAUAAUGGAUUGUUGCCAAAUGGAAGAACACAUUAGACAGAGGGUGGUGAAAAGAGAAGAAACAGGAGGCAACGACCCUGAGAAUGGUUCACCCGAUGGCAGUAGUGGUGAUGGACGAGGAGGAAAUCCUAGAAGAGAUCACCUGACACCGGCUGACCUGGACGAUGGUCAUUCGGCGGACGGGCAGGGUGAUCCGACGAGAGGCAGAAAUCAUGUAGACAUAACCCAAUUGAACAACGCGCCGUCCGAACGACUACAAUUGAACAACAAUAACAACAAUAACAACAACAACAACAACAACAACAACAAUAACAACAACAGCAUAGGAUUACAACCGAAAAAGUCGGGCAACGACAAACGGAAAGCGCACAAGAGGAAAAUCGCAGACCGGGACGAAGCGGCCGCGGCCGCGGUGGCGGCGGCUGCGGCCGACAGCUGCUGUAGCAGUUCGGAAGAGGACGUCGUGUCGGUGAGUCGGAAACAGCACUUCGCCAGCCUGAGCCCCGCCUCGUCGUCGUGUCAAUCCACGUUGCCUCCGAGUCCGCCGAAAACGAACGGCGGCGGCGGCGACAAGAGACCGACCGCGAGCGAUCCGAACGCCGUGAAAGAGCUCGAGCACGCCAUGUCCAAGCACCUGCCGCCGGCCGCGGACAAGGCGGUGGCGGCGGCUGCGCACCAACCGACCGACUUCAGCACGGACGCGCUGCUCAAACAACAGCAACAGAAGAGCACCAUCCAGUGGAUCGGAGCGCACCACUUGGGACAUCACCAUCACCUCCAUCACCAGCAGCAGCAACAGCACCAGCUACAGCAGCAGCAGCAGCAGCAGAACGGCGCGGGCUUACACCUGCAGCAUCAGCAGCACCAGCAUCACCAUCACCCCGCCGGCCCCCCUCAUCACCACCAUCUCCAUCACCACCAACAGCAGCACCAGCACCACCACCAGGGCAGCGCGUCGCAGCACGGCCAACAGCCGCCGGGCGGCGCACCGGGUGCCACGCUUCCGGUCGCUCUGCUCCGGCAGAUAUACGCCAACCGCGAGUCGGUGAUCCGCGCCAACGUGCACGCUCCCCGGUCACCCGGUGCCGGCGGCGCGUCGUACUACGCGGGCGAGAUGAGCACGUUGCCGACGCCGCCGGGCAGCGAGGGCGGUUACUCGGAACAGCAACAGUUCGGGCCGCAGAAAAACGAGUUCGGCGGCGGCGGCGGCGGCGGCGGAGCGUUGGCCGUGCCACCGCCGUACAGUUACGCCGAUUACCAUACGGCCAUGACGCCGCCGUCGUCGGUGUCGCCGCGUGACAAGCACCAGCACCAGCACCAGCAACAGCAACAGCAACAGCAGCACCAGCAACAGCACCAGUACGACCUGUACGGUCCGCCGCCGCCGCCGCCGCCCACGUCCGCGGACGCUUUGCUGCAGCUCCGGCAACAGCACUUGCACCAGCAGUACGGCCACCAGGCGGAGGUGACGUCGUCCGCCGCGCCACCCGCCCUGCCGCUGAAACCGCAGCCGUACAACCCCGCGCCGCCGCCGCCGCCCGCCGUGCCCAUCGACCACUACGAUCAGACGUCCGCGGCCGCUGCGGCCGCGGCCGCGGCGUUCUAUCACUCGGCCGCCGGCUUCCAUCUGUACCACCCGUCCAAGUCGACGAUGGCCGCCGGCCCGCCGCUGCCGCCUCCGCCGCCGUCGUCCGUGUACGCCGCCGACCCGCUUAAGAACCACCACAACUGGUAUUCCACUCCCACUUGAGGGGGGGUUUAGAUUUUGUAAUAUAAUAUAUAGGUAUAUAUGACGACGAUAACGUGUAAAUUUCACCCCCUCAUUACGCCAUCGUACCCGCGAAAGCGUAUAUAGGUAAUUAUAUAUAUAAUACGUAAAUGUUAUAGGCAGGAGUUAAUUUUUAAACCAACACAACGCUGCUCGCUCGUAUUUCCUCGGACACGACUUGUUUUUCACAAACAAACUAAACAGCUAUUAUAGAGCUGCUGGUUUAAUAUUGUUACCCGUUUAUUGUGCGCACAUAAUAUAAUAUACCACCUAACGAUUCGCCAUUUAUUCCCUCGAUAUUAUAUUUUAUUGAUAUCAUUACCUUUUUAAACGUAGAUAAUAAUAUUAUAAUGUUCACCGCGUGUUUAUUAUUAUUAAACCGAUAAAAAUAAAUGACUAAAAUACUGAAAUAUUUUGUAUAGAUAAUUUGAUCUACGCUUAUAAACGAUAAGAUGUAAGCUGAGGACACGAUGUAGAGUGUAGUAUGAUGACAAAAUAAGUAUAGACAUCUAUGCAAAAUGUUAACAGGUUCGACAGCGUACAUAGUUCGAUAAUAGCUGUUAAACGGAUAGUGUAAUAUCCAGCCCAACUCGCUCUUCUAAACUUUGAAUACUUGUAAAUAACAAACCAUGAAGUAUAAAUAACAAUUGAGAAAUAUAAUGAAACUUUAAACUUACCAUUAUCAAUAAAUAGUCAAAACGUAAUGUAAGUUUUAAGUGCCGAGGUAUACGCCUUAUACUUUAAUAACCCGUAUACCUACUACCUACUCCCACCUACUCCAAUGUGUGCGUUUUAUUUUUUUAUUUUAUAAAAAAACUCACUUUAUGUCCAAGAAAAUACGGGUUCGGCAUGAAGAAAUAGCACCGUUAUUAUGUGCGAUUGGUAUACUUAGUUUUUAAUUAUUUUAUUUACUGCUGCUGUAUUCGUUUGAGACUGUAAUAUUGUCGUUAUAAUUAUUUAGACUUAUUAAAUAUAAAUACUAUAACAACUUUGUAAAAACCUACCAUGGGUUGUAUAAAAUAUGUAAUACUUACGUAUAUAUAUAAAUAUAUAUAUUAUAUAUAUAUAUUAUGCACAUAAAUACUAUAAACAAACUAUA